AUGGGCUGCGGCGCGUCCGCCCACGCUGCCGCGCCGGGCCGCGCCUCUCCGCCGAGCAGUCUCGAGAGGAGGGGCGGGCCGCCGCAGGCGGGCCAGGGAGGGGCAGAGCAGCUCGCCUCCAUCCACCUGCGCCUCGACGAGCUGUGGGCUCCGCUGCUCGAUUCGGUCGAGGCGCGGCUGAGCGGCGCCGAGGACAGCCGCGCCUCGUGGGACUCGCUGACGCCAAGAGGGCUGGUAGAGCUCCUCUUUGAGGCGUCGGGCGCGCUCGGGGCAGCGCGAUGGGCUGGCGCCUGCGAGACCGAGGCUCUGCUCGCCUUGCUCCUCGAGCAGUGGACGAGGCGGCUGGAGUCUGCCGUCUGCGCCGAGCCCGCGUCGGGCGCUCCGCCCGAGGCUGACUGGGUCAACAGCUCGCUGAGGCGGCUGCUGGCCCUCCUCGGAGUCGCCUUCUUCCGCGUGGUCUCCGUGGAGGACGAGCCAAGCAUCCGCGCCAAGCUUGCGUGUCUCGGCGAGCUGGAGGCGAGGCUCGGCCUGCAGCCGCGUCUCUUGAGCGCGGCGCUCGGGCCGCAGGGCAAAGCACUCCUGCUAUAUGUUGACGCGUGCGUCGUGGCUGACUCCAGAUUCAGGCUGCCGUGCGAGCGAGCGACCGCGCUGUGGGACACGUUUGCGCUAUGGAGCGACUCGCCGCACCGCGUCUCGCCACACGGCAGCGCCCGGAGCUUGGGCAGCGCCAAGCUCUACCCUCAGUUCCGGUCUCGCGAUGGCGGGCUGGAGCACGGCGAGGGCCACGGGCCGCGAAAAGAGUACUUUGCGCUCAUCGGCGAGCACCUGGCGCGCGGCGGGGACGGGCGUCCGGCGCUCCUUCCGUACGACGGCAGUCACCGACAGCACUGGUUCGACGGCAGCCUCGAGCAGUCCGCCGAAACGGAGGCGCUGCUCCGAUGUUCCGGGUGGCUGCUUGCACAGGCCGUGUGCAACAGGUGCACCGUCGAGAUUUUGCUACCGACGCUGCUUUUCGCAGCCCUGUGUGCGGAGCCUGGCGUGCGGCCCUUUGCUCCGUCGCUCGACGCGCUCGCCGGGCUGGACCCUCAGGCAGCGGCGUCAGUGCGUGCGGUGCUGCGCAUGGGCCGCCGCGAGUUUGAGGAGAUGGCGGCGCUGGAGGGGCUCGCGGGGCUGGGCAGGGAGCAGUACGCGGAGCGGGCGCGCGAGCGCCUCGCGGGGGGAGGCGAGGGGGGCUGGCAGCUCAAGGCGCUGCGCGAGGGGUUCCAGGCGGUGCUGCCGCCAGCGAUGCUGCGCGGGAUUGGCAUCUCGCCCACGCAGCUCUGCGCAAUCGUGUGCGGCGAGCCAGAGAGCCACGACCGGCGCCUCCGCGACGUGUUUCGGGUCGUCGAGGACGCGGCGCUCGCCGGCUGCCCGCCGCUGCGCGAGGCGCUGUGGGCGGUGCUCGACGGGUGGACCGAGGAGGAGAAGCGGAGGCUCCUCGCCUUCUGCACGGGGUCGGACCGCUGGCCCCAGCCAGGGACCGCGGUGCUCUCUGUGCAGCUCCCCUUCGCGCCGAGGGGUCGCAGAGAGGAGGCGGCGAUGGCGCUGAUGAUGCCGCAGGCGCACACGUGCGACAAUGUCCUCGAGCUUCCAAACUACUACCUGGCACUCGCCGCUAGCCGCGGCGAGGAGGCGGGCGCCGGCCCGCCCAGCCCGGGCUUUGCCGCGGAGCUCCGCUCCCUCAUCCACGACCGCUUCUCCACCGCGGUGAGCCACUGCGCAUGCUACGGGCUGGACGACCUGGGUGGGGCCGGGCCGGCGGCGGCAGCCGUGGCGGCGCGGAGGGCGGCGGAGCAGCUCGGCAUCGGGUUCCAGGCGGACAGGGACGACGAGCCGAGCGCCUCGCAGUGGUCGACGUCGCUCGACUCGGAAACGGUCGAGCUGGCGCUGGCCGAGGCGUCUGGCGGCGCGCCCGUUGAGCGAGGCGAUGCAUCCCUGGCGGCGCGCCCGAGCUCAGAGGAGGAGGACGGGGAGGAGGUGACCCUCCACGAGCUGGAGAUGCUCGCGUCGGAGCUGGAGGAGCUGGAGCUCGGCUGA